AUAACACAACAACAACUAUUCAUUUCAUUUUCCACUUCACCAACAUUACAAAUAUAUAGUCAUCCAUAUUUGUAUUUAUCUUUGUUUUUUUUGUUUUUGGGUUUAUAGAAUUAGAAGAGGCCGUUAGGUUUCUUUGGUUGCCAGGAAAACCGAAAAAACAGAGUCCACCGAAAUCGUAGGUGGAGCGAGUGAGAAAGGAAAAUUUUCCUCCGAAAAUUGAUGGGAACACAAAAGUAGUAAAAAACUCCCAACUUCAUUUUCCAUUUUCUCUCCGGGAUGGGAUUUAUUGUCAUUAUUAUUAGAAACACUUAGACUUCCUUGGAAAAAAUUUAUCUCUCUGUUUGGAGAGCUCGCUCUGUGUAUAUCCUUCCGAAGCUCUAUGGCGUUUCUUCUUCGGGUUUGCAGCUGAUAUCCUCCCCAUCCUCAGUGCAAGAAGAUCUGAUGAGACCUUGUUGUCUGGAAUCGGACACUGUGAAUUCUGUGUUGGGAUUCUUUCAACAAUUGUGGUAAACAUCGAGCAAUGGAUGACAAUGGUAGCAGCAAGUUGACCGGGAUCAGGCAGAUUGUCAAGUUCAAAGAAAUCCUGCAGAAGUGGCAAGUUGUCACACUCGGCUCGAGGGCAAACAGCCCCCGAGCCAGCACCCGCUCUGAUCGAGGGGAGGGCACUCCUCGUCGAGGGGAGGGCACUCCUCGUUGUGGGGAAGGCGCUUCCCAUAGAGAGGAGGGCACGCCCCAUUCUGAUCGAAGUCGCGGGGGAAUUUCACCGGCAAUCAGCAAGAGGCUAACAAAUAUUAUUUGUGAUUCGGACGAGGAUAACGGCCACAGUCCCGAACCGCCAGCAGAUGUUCCCGAAGGGUACUUGGCGGUUUAUGUUGGACCGGAGCUUCGGAGGUUCAUCAUUCCCACUAGCUACCUCAGCCACUCCCUUUUCAAAGUAUUGCUGGAGAAGGCUGAGGAGGAAUUUGGGUUUGAUCAUAAUGGCGGGCUCACCAUCCCAUGUGAGACUGAGACCUUCAAGUACCUCUUGAAGUGCAUGGAGAACCAUCAGAAUGCUCACCCUGAUGAAAGCCCAGCUGGAAACUGGAAACUAAUUCAAUGAAGAGUUAGUAAUUGUGAUGAUGUUCUUAGUGGUCCAGGUUUUAGGGCUGAUUUUCUUUGUUGUAAAGAGCAGGGUCUCCUUGUAUGCAGACAUCUUUUUUCAUUUCUCUUUUUGUUUUUAAUUAACAAACAAUAGGAGAAGUUUUUUAGCUAGAUAUUUUGAUGCUGUGGUGGUGCAUCCAAUUUGGUGAUAGAGUGGUGAUUAUUUUCUCUGAUUGAAUGUGACCUACAUGCAUCUGAUGUUUGAUCAAGUAUGAAACACAUUUGUCCUCUCCGCUAAAAUAUAUAUAUGCCAAUAUUACUUA